GUACAUUCAAACAUCCCAAUGCAACAUGCAGCAGUUGGGUGAGUUUGACACCGUCUACCACGAACACAUCUCCUUCUUCACAGGGCACUCGUUCCACAAGGCAGCCACUCUUGCUGGAUUACAGAUUGCCACGUUCGAGACUACUCCCAUCCAUGGCACAUCUUGUUUGGUGACACUCCAGAAAGGUGGCAACGAGACGAUAUCCCCAACAUUGCAAGAACGCCUGGUGCAGGAGAAGCAGGACGGUGUGACCAACGAGUUUUUCGCAGAGACGUACAGCGCCAAGGCUCUGGCAAUUCGCGAGUGGGUGCUCCGGGAGAUAUCAAGUUUCAGGUCGAAAGGCUAUAUCGUGGGUGCCUAUGGUGCUGCGGCCAAGGGUAUGACACUGCUGCAUUUCAUCUUCGGGAGCAGUGCUAAAGCUGCAGGAACACCUAUUGCCCCGGGACAUCCAUCCCGGUUCGACCCACACACAGCCUUCCAGAGCUGGAAGCUGGUCGCCCCAUAG